CGACUGCGCUUGCGCGGAGCCUGCGGCGCCCCAGGACGGGAAGUAGGCGGGGCCGGCCCAGAGCAGCUCGUGGGGAGCACUGCGGCAGGCUGGCAGAGUGAAGACUGACUGGAGGAGACCAUCUCAUCCAGCCUAGCUGCAAGCCCCCCGGGAUGCACUGGGCAUGGCCUCUGCAGCCCCACAGAACAGCAGCCAGAUGGCCUGUAACAGCGAGAUCCCAGGCUUCCUGGACACCCUCCUCCAAGAUUUUCCAGCCCCACUGAGCCCAGAGAGCCCUUUGCCAUGGAAGAUCCCAGGGACAGUGCUGAGCCAGGAGGAGGUGGAAGCCGAGCUAGCUGAGCUGGCAAUGAGCUUCCUGGGCAACAGGAAUGCUCCCCCACCGUUUGCUGCAGCUGUGACCCACAAGGCAAUUUCCCAGCUCCUACAGACAGACCUUUCUGAGUUCAAGAAGUUGCCUGAACAAAAGGAGGAAGAGGAAGAAGAGAAAGCCCUUGUGACUUUGCUAGAUGCCAAAGGCCUGGCUCGGAGCUUCUUUAACUGGCUUUGGGAAGUAUGUAGCCAGUGGCAGAAGCAGGUGCCAUUGACUGCCCAGGCCCCUCAGCGACAGUGGCUGGUCUCUAUCCAUGCCAUCCGGAACACACGGCGCAAGAUGGAGGAUCGACAUGUGUCCCUUCCCACCUUCAACCACCUCUUCGGCUUGUCUGACUCUGUGGACCGUGCCUACUUUGCUGUGUUUGAUGGUCACGGAGGAGUGGAUGCUGCAAGGUAUGCCUCUGUCCACGUGCACGCCAAUGCUUCCCACCAGCCAGAGCUACUCACAGACCCGGCAACCGCCCUCAAAGAAGCCUUCCAGCGCACUGAUGAGAUGUUUCUCUGGAAAGCCAAGCGAGAGCGACUACAGAGUGGCACUACAGGUGUGUGUGCACUCAUCGUGGGAACAACCCUGCACAUAGCCUGGCUAGGAGACUCCCAGGUCAUCCUGGUACAGCAGGGCCAGGUAGUGAAGCUGAUGGAGCCACACAAACCCGAGCGACAGGAUGAGAAAGAACGUAUUGAAGCACUGGGUGGCUUUGUUUCUCUCAUGGACUGCUGGAGAGUCAACGGGACCCUGGCAGUGUCUAGAGCCAUUGGGGAUGUCUUCCAGAAGCCCUAUGUGUCUGGCGAAGCAGAUGCAGCAUCCCGAGAACUAACAGGCUCAGAAGACUACCUGUUGCUCGCCUGUGAUGGCUUCUUCGAUGUGGUCCCCCACCAGGAAGUUGCGGGUCUUGUCCACAGCCACUUGCUCAGACAAAAUGGUAGCUGGCUAUAUGUUGCUGAGGAGCUAGUGGCUGUGGCCCGUGACCGGGGCUCCCAUGACAACAUUACAGUCAUGGUAGUCUUCCUUAGGGACCCCCAAGAGCUGCUGGAUGGUAGAGCCCAGAGAACAGGGGAUGCCCAAGCAGAUAUAGGAAGCCAGGACUUGCCUACUGGCCUCUCAGAACUUGAGACCAAUACCUCACAGAGAAGCUAAGUGGUCCAGGCCCCCGGGCCCCAUCCUGACCCCUCUUCCCAUGUGAUCCUCCCUUCAAAGACAUUAGAUCCAACAAGUAUAGUGGGCAGGGGUGCAUGCCCUCACAGCAUUCCCUUAGCACCCCAGUCCUUCAUGCCUCCUGCCAGUCUGUCCCCAGAACUGCAGUAGGCAGUAAGUGGCUCUCAGAAGGAAGCAUAGGACAAUGACCUCACCAAAGAGAAGAUGGCUGCAGACAGAAACCAGGCACCUGUUGGCAGCCUAAGCAAAAACACAGGUCAGGUCUUAGGAGACCCUCCCACAGACCUUUUAGGCCCAUCCUGGGGUUAGGUCUGCAGCCAGGUGUCUGGCCCAGUCUUGUGACUUCUCACUGUACCCAAGGCUGGGAGGGUUUGGUCUGUACUGACAGACAGGCUCGCAGUCCUGAUUGACUACUGACUUCCCCAAAAGGAGACAUUGGCCUUGCUGGGAGAAGCACCAGGGGACUGGCCCACUGCCACUCUUAACUGAGUUCUAAGGCCAUUGGGGUCUCUUAGACCUCUCCUUCCCUUGAGCAUCUUAGGGAGGUGAAGUCAGGUGUGUGUGUGUGUGUGUGUGUGUGUGUGUGUGUGUGUGAUGUUGUUUGUGUGCUUAGAUUUAUUGCAGGGAAAGGUCUAAUCCAGAAUCAGUGUUCAGGUUUUAUCGUGUUUUAUCAGUGCCAAGCUGACCCACAAGGUCGUGUAAUUUAAGCUAAGCUUAGCAUUUAUUUUAUUCCUGAAAACUUAAGUAUUUUACUUUUUUUAUGUAUUCAUGAAGACAUUUGCAGUAUUACUGAAUUUUUUUUUUUUUUUUUUUUUUGCCUAAAUCAGGAUGGAAAGAAACUUUUCCAGGUUGUGUUAAUAAGCCACUUAAGUGCCUUAAAUAGCUUUGGCGUGGAUGAGAGCUGCUGGGCCCACCAUGGAUCCUACUAGGCAGACAUGUUCAGGUUCUCAGAAAGGCAGCGUUGGUUGUGGGAUGGCAUGCUUUGGGCUAGCACUCUUUCUGGGAAGCUUCCUUUGUAUUCUGGGCACCUCAGAACUUCCUUGAAGUGAUUAUCAGAGGCUGUGACUGGGCAUCUGGGGUGACAGUGACCUCCUUGCCCACCCUUGGAGUCUGGCUGGAUCCCAACUAGGAAGAUCAUUCUGCUCUUACACUAGAAGUUUCAGAAUCUCUUAGUAUUCUUGUAGUGUCAUUGAGGACAGUGCAUAGUUAAGGAACUUUGGGAAGCCCCGCAGUCUACCUCCUCGGGAGGCUGCUAGCAUCUGCCGCAAUGGUCACCACCUGUCUCCUGUGGCUGGUAUCCCUCCCUGUUGGACUCUGUCCUCUACCUGAGCAACAUGAAAGACCUCCACAUCCCUAGAGCAGGGGCAAUGAAGACUCACCAAUGAUGCCUGGGUGCUUGGAGAGCUGUGAUGUAUAAAAUCAGGCAAGGAAACCAGACGUGGGGGGGGGGGAGCACCCAGAGUAGAAGGACUAAGGAGGCCCCCAGAGAGGGCCAGUGUGAGUCAAGGCUGCUCCAUGCAGACACCAGCAGGUCCAGAGGAUAAUGAGUGGCUUAGCAGAGGCACUGUGAGGUCCCCAUGGAGAGGGUGAUAGCAUAGCCCACCAGUGGAGAGCACAGCCUCAGCAAGGCUUGCAAAGCUUGACUCAGUGCACUUAACCCUCUCAAAAGAAGCAGGGCACACAUGCUUUGCCCCUGAGGCAAGUCCACUGUCCAGCAGUGUGGGAGGAGGAGCCAGCUUUGGUUGGGCACACCACCUGUAUGCUUGGCAUUUACCCACUCCCACAGCAGGGGUGGAGAAAUUCAGGCCAUGUAGUUAAUUCCUUGGUCAAAGUCUCCUGAUGGAAGCAUCCUAAACACUUAGAUGAUUGCCCACCAUUAUUAGGUGUUGCUCAACUGGAAGGCCUUGUGUCCUCUUAGAACAGGGGUGUGGUGGUUGGUCCAGCCUGCUUGUAGCAAUGACCUUGAUAGAGGGAGAUAAUGACAUUGGUUUUCUCCCUUUUUUGCUAAUCUUAUUCUGUUCAUUGCUGGUAAGAGUGGAAAUUAGGCCCACAUAGAUGUCCCUUGAUGGUCUGAUUCAUGCUCGCAUAUAAGGUUGUGCCAAGAUGCCUAGGCCUCAGUGUAAAGGGAAGCCCCUUUCCCAGGCUUCUCUAAAUGCCUCCUCCCUCCCCUCAGUCCAUCUGCAGUACUGAUCGCCAAGCCCCUGCUGGGCAGUAGUCCAGGACCAAUGCUAGGCACUGUUCCUUCCUCUCCUAGUGGCCAAGGGAGAGCACAUUCUCCUGCUGUUGAGGGCUGGCCUUAUGCUAGUUCAUAGACUGUUCUAUCCUGAUUGGAGCUGCCAUUAUCUAGCCUAUAAGACUCUUGGCUACUCCGUCUUCAGGCUCUCAUCCCAAGAGGAUCCCCUAGCCAGAGUGAUCCCAUUUCUUAAACCCCAGCUUUGCCACCAUCUCAAUGCAUGAACUGAACAAGGCACUGUACCUCUCUGGCCUCAGUUACCCUUUGGUAAGGCAUGGAGGGGGUGCACAGUGUCACCAGUCCCCCCAACUUAGAAUUUCAGAGGUACAGGGGCUGCUCAAGGCCUCUGUCAGAGCAGAAGAGCCCAUCCUCCACCGCCAGUAGAGAGGGUUAAGUAUUAUUAGUGUCUAUUCUUAAAAUUAAGUGGGCUGGAAAAGAGCUGAGUUACAGAUGCCAGUGUCUUGCUUGGAUACAAAAGCUAAAGCAGUCAGACCGCCUCCUAGCUAAGCCCGUAGGAGUAAGAGGUGGGAGGGCACAGGCAGGCUUUAAGGGUUUUAGUUAGAAACCAGCAUAGGAAGGGGUGUGGAAGCAGGGUACCUGCAACACAGCUUUGAGAGUCUCGGCACUCAUGGAGAGGUCUUGGAAAAGUCCCUGCCGUUCACCGUGAGGUCUGCCCUGCUCUGCCCUCUUGGGUCCUGCAUGCAGUGCACCCUCACCCCAUGGCAGGUCUCAGCAUAGGUGUCCUGGCUACCUCAGCUGUAUUCUCAGGGCCAGGAGGGCAGCCCUGGCCAUACUGUAGGGAAGCCAGGCCAACUUGUGUAAAGCAAGCUGUGUUUCUGGCUUGAUCCUGCCUCUGUAGCCUCCAGGGAUCAUCUUCGGGAGUCCUGUGCUUGCUUUCACUCGACUCAACAGCUUUACCAAACACACUGAGCUUUGCUAUUUACCAGCCGUGUGGGCCUUGCCAAGGGGUUAUUUCAGGGGGCUUCCUGGGAGUCAUAUGCAACAGUGAGUCUUGUUCUAAGAUACCAUGUUUCUCUAAUCUUAGGGACAAGUCCCAGGAUGAUGAACUCAGAGGGAAAGUCUCCUGGGCCCAUUGUACUGGUGUCAAUAAACUGUAUAUUCAAGAUUCCUGAGUA